AUGGACACCGGUGAAUGCCAGGCUGGGUGGCAGUAUGGCUUAGUGCAGGUGGAUAGUGGUUGUGGUGAUGGGGUCUCGGUCACCAUUAUCUGCAAUGGCAAGCGCAUCAUUGUGAGCUUCCAACCCUCUGAGUCCCUAGACGGCACCAUAGAGGGACCUCUGAUCACGCGCUACGAGGCGGCUUGUCAGGAUGAGGAUGAGGAUGAGGAAGAUGCUGCCCAGCAGGAAAUUGAUGACAUGAUUUAUACCGUGGGAAAGCCUAUCUUUGCUCGGCUCGCAUCGCCUAUUGCCAAGAAUCUGCUCUACCCGGAAACCAUUUUCAUGCGCUCCGCGACGAUCAAUGGGAAAGCAGGGAUUUUGGAGCAAGAACAUGGUUCUCACCCUGAGCAGAAUCAUCCUCCUCCUCCACUUCAAAUCAACAACGAUUUAGGGUUGCCCAAAUUCUCAUCGAAUGAUAUUCAAGUCUUGGAGAACUUCAUGGGUCAAGGUGAAAUUACUCGAGUGUUGGUAGAUGGACAGGAGAGGUGUUGCAAGAGUGGAGGGCCUUUCAACUGGGAAGCAGUAGCACGGGAAGCUGAUUGUCUCUGGAAAGUCGCACGCUCUGAACACGCCUUAUCUAUUCGAGUACCGAAAUUGACGGGUCUUGUUACAUCAGCUGAUAAUGGGCAAACUAUUGGGAUCCUGGAAGAGUAUAUACCGACCGAUCUGAAGGAUCUGUCUACGUUACGAGACGUAGACACUGCUAUAAUUGACCUUUCACGGAGGAAGAAGUGGUCAUCUCAGAUUCGAGAGAUGGUUCAUUUGAUGCAUGAGAUUGGUGUUGUGUGGGGUAAUGGGAAGCCGCGUAAUGUUCUUAUCCAUAAGGAUACAGACGAUGCUUGGCUCAUAGAUUUUGGAGGUGGCUGGACAGAUGGCUGGGUGGAUGAGGAUUUAAAGGAAACACGAGAGGGAGAUGAACAAAGCUGUUAA